AUGAAGAAAUAGUUGACUAAUUCUAGGGUCAAUUUUGAGGGCCAUUAAGGGUCAAUUAGAGAGAUAAUAACAUUGUUUGAAAAAGGGUCAAUUUACAAAGGAAAUAGUUGACUAAUAUAAGUGUCAAUUUAGGAGGAUCAUUAAGGGUCAAUUGAGAUAUGAUAGUGUUGUUUGAUUGAUGGUCAAUUUACAAGGAAAAUAAUUGACUAAUUCUAUGGAUCAAUUUACAAGGGUCAUUAAGGGUCAACUAGAGAUAUAAUAGCAUUGCUUGAACAAGAGUCCAAUUUACAAGGGAAAUAAUUAAUUAAUUUUAGGGGUCAAUUGACAAGGGUCAUUAGGGGUCAAUUGGAGCAAUUAUAACAUUGUCUGAUUGAAGAUUAAUUUACAAGGGAAAUAGUUGACUAAUUAUAGGUGUCAAUUUACCAGGGUCAUUAAGGGUCGAAUAGAGAGAUAACAUCAUUAUUUGAAUAAUGGUCAAUUGAUGAAGGAAAUAGUUGACUAAUUUUAGGAUCAAUUUACAAGGGUCAUUAGGGGUCAAUUGGAGAGAUAACAUCAUUAUUUGAACAAUGGUCAAUUGAUGAAGGAAAUAGUUUAUUAAUUUUAGGAUCAAUUUACAAAGGUCAUAAAGGUUCAAUUGGAGAGAAAACAUCAUUAUUUGAACAAUGGUCAAUUGAUAAAGGAAGUAGUUGACUAAUUGUACGAUCAAUUUACACAUUAAGGGUCAAUUGGAGAGAUAACAUCAGUAUUUGAACUGUCAAUAUAUAAAAGAAAUAGUUGACUAAUUAUAGGUGUCAAUUUACUAGGGUCAUUAAGGGUCAAAUAGAGAGAUAACAUCAUUAUUUGAACAAUGGUCAAUUGAUGAAGGAAAUAGUUGACUAAUUUUAGGAUCAAUUUACAAGGGUCAUUAAGGGUCAAUUGGAGAGAUAACAUCAUUAUUUGAACAAUGGUCAAUUGAUAAAAGAAGUAGUUGACUAAUUGUAUGAUCAAUUUACACAUUAAGGGUCAACUAGAGAGAUAACAUCAGUAUUUGAAAACUGUUAAUAUAUAAAGGAAAUAGUUGACUAAUUAUAGGUGUCAAUUUACAAGGGUCAUUAACGAUCAACAACAAUUACAAUGACAGUUCUAAGAAUUUUACACUCUUUCCCGUAAGUCAAUGAUUUGAGAGAUGCUAUUAACAAAAUAAAAUUAAAAUAACUUGGGAUUUCCUUAAUUCAAAAAUUGGUGAGGGGUUUCAUGAAAAUAAAACACAUGAAAGUUAUUCACAUGGCAGUUCGAAAAAGGGUAUGAAAACAAUAUUUUAAUAUUUAAGGGAGUUUUUAUAAAGACCAAAAUGUGGCAGUGAGCUUAGCUUAUCACAUGAGACUCUGCCGCAGCAUCUCGACGUGUGGCCAGAAUCCACCUCCCCGGCCGACGUGGAUGCGGUAACGAGCGCCACCACCACAUGUCCGGCUCUGCUUUCAUCCACUGCGGCGUCGAUCACAGAUCGAUCAUGGGUAAGCGCUAAGGGUCGCUGCUCCUGUGGGGCCAUCUGGGCCCCCUCUCUCUCUUCUUCUCUCUCUCUCCGGAAUAUUCGGCGGAGGAAGCACCGCCGUCGAACCAGUCGGGGGGGGCCUACAACCUGA